AUGGAAACGAAGAAGCGACCGAUCAACAACCCCCUAGUGUUUUCGUCGAUAGUUUUAUCUUUUGCUGCCUGCUUCGUGGCAUUGAUUCACGUCGAGAUCGAGCUUCACGCUCAUCGAAAAAUUCUUCAAGUCUUGACUCAACAGAGAGAAGAAAGUAUCCACUCACGAGGCACUGUGAACGAUAAAUCGAUUGCCUCCGCGCUGUGUAGUGAGACUGGUAAAGGUGAGUGCUUUGGUUUACUGGUUCGAUUCUCGUAGGCUUAGAAACCGAACUGUUGCUUCACAAUGGACCUUUUUGUCAAAACUUUAAACAUUCCGCAAUAACGCCCUCAACACAAUAGUUAGAUUCCGAAACUAAGCUGUUAUUUUUUUGACUCUAAAAAGAACUAAUUUUUUUAAUUGUAAAUAAUACUGAUCAGAACCGACAUUCUGGCGUUUCGCUUUCAGCUAGUUUGGUACAUGCAGGUCGAGAAGAUUUCCCUUUCUCUUCUGAAGGGCUGAAACCUAACGCCGUGACAAAGCGUAUGAUAUGGCGAUUCAAUUUCAGUAUUUGCUGAUUAGAAUGUUCUUUUCUUUUCUUUUUAGUCCAUGAAAAUAUAUGGCAUGCAGUCCAAAAUAGAUAAAGUUUGUCUUGAACCAGUGUUGUAAGCCAUUAUGUUACUGCAAAAUUUAGUUUGUUACAAGGGGGUAAUUGAGCCGACCAAAACAUUUUUUCACUGGGAGAUCAUAAGAGUGACAUAAAUUAUCCCUCAGUUGCAGAAAUACAAAUUCGUCACAAACGCAACGCCAAAAAUGUAAACAAGAAAUCAAACGUCAGUGAGAUCAUUAGUAGGGAGGACAUAAAAAGGGAAGUUAAACUGGUGAUGAGUAACCUGGCCUGCACGGCACAUUGUCCCAAGGGAGUCAGGGGAAGACGAGGAAGGCCUGGUCCCCCAGGCAAACACGGACCAGCUGGGCCUCAGGGACCACAAGGACCAAAUGGACCUCAAGGAGAUCAGGGGCCUUCUGGACCUAGAGGCGAUCAAGGCCCUCAAGGACCCAAGGGCGAUCCUGGUGAAUCCAUCUCAGCUCCUUCGAUUGUGUCACCUCCGAUGUCCAUGGUGGUGAACGAAACUGGUAUAGCCUCAUUGCAGUGUGAGGUUAAAGGAAAUCCAGUGCCCCAGGUCACUUGGCUGAAAAAAAAUUCCAGUCUUCCCUCCGAUAAACGAAUCAUGCAAUCACGUGGUGGCCUUGUGAUAAGAGAUGUGACGUCACAAGAUGGAGGAGUGUACACGUGUAGGGCAAAAAAUAUUCUUGGAGUCGUGACCUCAUCAGCUACAUUGAUUGUUCAAGGUAAUUUCUUCUUAAUUUUCCAUUGUAGUCUUAAUUCACCGUCAUUUUAUCUUGUUGUCAUACAUCUAUUCAAGCUGAAUACUGUUACAUUCUUAACAAAGAUACAAAUUUAUCGAAGCUUCUGAAGAACUUAGAAGCUCUAUCUAGGAUAUAUAUACACUCGAGACUGUUUACAUGCAUGAAAGUCUUAGCCGAUACCACUAACAUCCCAGAGAAGAUUAACAGGAAUAUCUGACGACAAAAUUGAACCAUGGGAACAGCGCAAAUAAAACUACAUGGCUUGCAAUAUUUCCGCAGUCGUCGUCAAGAUAUAUUUCUUUUUAAGCAUUUACUUUAUAAGUUUGCCUCUAGAUACUGGCAGCCGUGUUGGGUUUGCAUUUAAACACAGGGAGAACAAAGUUUCUAAGCCAACAAGAUUCUCUCUACUUGACAGAGGAUAUAAUGUAUUGAAAGUCUAAACCUUUAUUUUUAGUACUUAGUCAGAGUCGUAGUCGGGGUGGUAAGAACACCUUAUGACCUAAAGUCAAUCGAAAAUCGGAGUCGUAAGCGGCGUCAUUAUAAGCCCAACGGAAUCGCGAUUGCAAGAAUCAGAAUGUUUCCAUUUUCUUCUUUCUCGUCGUGCUUAUUAUAAUUCCGAAACCACCUCGUUCUCAGUGUCCUCUUUUUCGUGUCCCUACGGAGCGAGAGGAGAGGAGAGGAAAGACUCCGUCAGGUGCACUGUUUCAUGGCCACACUUUCCACAGACUAGGGUACGUUCAAAAGAGAAAAAUCUCACACUGAUCUGCCCCUCCCCCAAAUCGUUUAUUCGUAAUCUCCAGAUUCUGGGCCAGACUUAACCAGGGUCUCUCUCUCACACUCCUUAGGGACAGUCAGGAGAGAAUCCUGGGAACGAGGUUGGACUCCGUCGAGUUAAGAGUUUCUGAAAACGAGUCCCAAGCAGAGACGUAAAAAGAAACCAUUCCCAAUGCUACAACAACUACAAAAAUAACCAGCAAUAACUUUAUUGUGGUUUUCAAAAGCUCGAAAUCGACGGAGCUGCAAGCGAAAUUGGAGCGCUCUAUGUAUUACAUUAUCACAUUGCACUUUUGAUUACAACUGUAACUUCGACUUUGUCACUAAUGAAAUCCUGCCCCAAAAGAUGACUGGAGGCUCGACUCCUUAGGGGUGCGGUUGCUUUACACUGGACGAUACAUCAAAAGCAGAACGGAAAAAGUAGGUCACGUACUUGAAAGUAAUCCAUUAACUGGAAAUUCCUCGAGGGUGCUUUAACGUUCGUUGGCGUGCACUUUUCUUUUGUGUCUGUUAUUUUCAGUUGCGGCCUUGAUCCGACAAAAGCCUUCCUCAGUAAUCGUUGAAGAAGGAGAAAACGUGAACCUAGAAUGCAAAGCUUCUGGUCUGCCGAAGCCAACGGUGACGUGGCGAAAAGCAUUUGGUAGCUUGCCAAGAGGAAAGACUACAGUGAUCGAUGGAAACAUGACUAUGCUAAGUGUGACUAAAGAGGAUAGAGGGACUUACGUAUGCACAGUUAAGAAUCUCCUUGGAGAGGAAUCCGCUUUCUCCGUAGUAACAGUGAUUGACAGGCUUAGAUUUACAAUUAGCCCUCCCAUAAAGGCUGUCGCAUUUGAUUCUGACAGCCUGAUACUAAACUGCAAAUCCAAGGGAUCCCUAGAAAUCACCUGGAAAAGAGCCAACAAAAAUCUUCCUCAAAACCACAUCAUUUUUCCAAAUGGAACUUUGUUUCUCAAGAAGGUGACCACAAAUGAUGCUGGAUCAUACACAUGUGUAGCAAAAAAUUAUCAACGAACAAUCAAGGAAUCGUCUACUGUUGAAGUGUACAACAAACCUUUGUCCUGUAGCAGUAUAAAAUCAGUCCUCAGUGGAAGCUCCUCAGGUAAUUAUAUUAUUGACCCUGAUGGCAAAGGAGGCGUGGCUCCGUUCAGUGUGUAUUGUGACAUGACUGACAAGGGAGGAGUUGGCGUGACAGUCAUAAGUCACGACAGUGAGAGUAGAACAUAUGUCGGUAACAUUCCUGGAUGUAAUUUGAAUCCAGGAUGUUACAGCAAGAGUGUAUCUUACACUGGAGUCACUACCGCUCAGCUAGUGGCACUUACUCGAGUCUCAAAGAACUGUGAACAAUUUAUCAAGUUCGAAUGCAACAAUCAGAUAGCUUUUGUCGAGGAAAAUCAUGCUUGGUGGGUGUCACGUGACGGGAGGAGAAUGAACUAUUGGGGAGGGGCUGCUGGUUCUUUAAAUGGGUGCGCAUGCGGAGUGAGAAAUUCUUGUUCAAAUGGCAAAAAAUGUAACUGUGAUAACAAUGGAAAAGGAUGGAGACAGGACAGUGGUCUCCUAACAGACAAGUCUGCUCUGCCUGUGUCGCAGAUUAGACUGGCAGAUUUGGAUGACACCUCUGCAUCAAGUAAGGAAGAAGGAUACCACACACUAGGAAAACUUAAAUGUUAUGGCUAA